AUGCCGUGGGAUCAGUGGCGUCACGAUUUGAACCACAAACUCGAUAAAUGGGGCGAGGAAAAAUUUAACUUACCUGCGAGUCGAGAAUCCAAAAAGGACAAGCGAGGAUUGUCCUAUGAAGAACGACUUGCCAAUAUACGGUCCGGAGGUGGUGCCGCUGGACACAUGCAAGUCACACCCUCCCAACAGCGGCCACGCGCUGUGCCGCCACCCCCUUCGAGUGCGCAGCCGUCGCACCCAACCACGCAAUAUGUGACGUCGCAAGAAGCGCCAGCUGUAGUGACUGCGUCUGCCACGCCCGGUGCUACAGGGCCAACUGGUACUACCCAUAUCGAGUUUUCUCGUUUUACGGAGUCGGACAAACAGGCCUUUUUCGCUUUGCUAGAUGAAUACUUCUCAAAACAAGGUGUACAUGGUGGUGAUAUGUGGCUCGAUGACGCGUUUGAUUUCGACACUGAGCUGCAACCAGUGGGUCAUGGCCUGUGUUCUGCCGUUUACAAAGCGCGUUCAUCCCUUCAAGCUGUGAUCCAAGAAGGCGGUGUUCCUGGUUAUGCUUGCCUAAAGCAAGUGGAUGUUGAUGUACAGAACGCCCCGCAUGACAUUCAACGUGAGAUAGCCUUGUUACAAAGGACACGACAUGCGAAUCUGUCAGUGCUUCUUGCCGCGUUUACUGAUACACCUGAUCCUUUUACGACCAUUUAUAACCUUGUUAUGCCGCUUUAUCCCAUUCAGCUGACAGAUGUUCUCAACAGUCCACACUUCCAACCAGCGAACUGCUCUUUGUCCGACGUUACCAACGAAGACAUUCCCUGGAUUCAUUUGCUGGGCUCACAUACGUUUGCUUCCCUGGUUUCUACCUGCUUCCAACAACUAAUGCAAGCUAUCGCAUAUCUGCAUCGUGAAGGCAUUGCACAUCGGGAUAUCAAGCCAUCCAAUGUACUAUUUAGCACUGAUGGCAUGCUCAAAUUGAUUGAUUUAGGCGUCGCAUGGGAAGUCAACAUGCGAGAAAUCCCCCCAUAUGGUUUUCAUACAUCAGAUGGUUGCUCGGAUCGUGCCUACAUUAGCGAUGUGGGAAGCGGCGCCUUCCGUGCACCUGAACUGCUAUUCGCCCCUAAAAACGGCUACGAUGCGUUCAAGGCAGAUAUUUGGUCACUUGGAACGGUGAUGGCUGGAUUUUUCACCGUCUUGCUUGAGGAAGAGACACCUUCCAUGGACUAUAUGCCUUGGGAACGCGAGCUCUUCCCCUCUCGGCCUAUGCGUCCUCAAUCUCGCAUCUACCACCGGAGCACACUUUUUGACUCCUCUAGUGGGGACAUUACAUUGGCUUGUGAUAUUUUCAAAGUAUGCGGUUUACCAAGCAGCGUGUCUGACUGGCCAGAAGCUGAGCACUUCCAACCACCGCUAGGAGAAUUUCCUUUUAUGCAUGGCGCCCCAAGAGAAUCACUUCAUGAGCGCCUACCGAAUUGGACACAAUUGUCUAUAUCAGAUACAUCGCCCGCUGCUCAAACAUUGCAGGUGUUUGUCCAGAAAAUACUCCCUACCAUGAUGCAGUUAUCCGCAUCCAAGCGACCCUCUAUAGACUAUCUUGUCACACAACUCUAA